AUGGCUAGCCAGCUUCCGGCGAGCCAGGUGGACGAGGGGCAAGCUGCUAGCAAGCGACCCAAGAUUGAGUGCUUGGGCACUGACGCGGAGCAGCACGCGCUGGCGGUUGCUACAACGUCACCUGGAAGCCGCCCAUCCCCCUCGAACCGACUGCAUGGAGAUGCACACCCACGUGAUACUGGGUUCACACCAGAUCAACAGCUGGCCGAUCCACAUGUCAGCAAGACCCAUGAGACGGCCGAGCGACCGUCGUCUGCCAAUGAGCAUGCUGCCCAGAGCAUGCUUCGCACUGGUGGACAGGACACUGUUGACGAUGAAGGCGAUGCAGGCCAUGGAGAGGAGCCGAACGACAACGUUAACGAGCCUGCUGAGGAGGAAGAUGAUGAGCAGGAAGAGAACGAGGACCAGGACCGAUAUGUUAUCCGCGGGGGUCGCUCUGUCAGGCUACGAAAGUGUGCUUGUUGCGGACAAUUCAAGCGCGGCCAUGUCUGCACCCAUAAAUUCGGCACCUGCCGUAUCUGCCGCGAGAAGCAAUUGCAGAGCGAUGAUGCCAACUUUCUGGAUGCAAAACUUCCAAAAACCUCGAGACGUCGUCGCAGCGGUCGUCCCAAGCUUCAUGGACUGUCUUCCGUCAUUAUGCUCAACUCUUUGGCCUCGGAACGCGUUGCUCAACAAGCACGUACUGCCUCUAUCGUUGCUCCAUCGCCAGGCAAGCUCUUAGAGGCCGCGCAAGGGGCCGCAAACGAGAUCACUACCAAAGACCUGCAAGAGUUAUUAGAAAUGCCGGCUCUCACCUUCUUUGUGAUUAUGCUUAGCUGGAAGAACUGCAGGGAGACCUCCUUCAUCAGCUCUCUUUGGCAGAAGCGAGGCAAGACGGAGUUUUCCAGUGGCACAAAGAUGCUUCAAAAGCGGCUGCGCUUCACCGAAGUCGAGAUGGAUUUGCACGGCAAUGUAGCCAACAACGAUGAUGAGCAAGUCUCGGCUCCGCCAUUCUUUCUUUCGUUCUUGGUGUCUCAUUUUACGAUUGAAGAUUUAUCUGGCCUCGUCAAUCACAGCCGGCGUCGUAAAUUUCGCAAGAGCAUCUCACAAGCACGCCACGUGCUGCCCGUUGAGCUGAUCCCCAAGAUGGGUCAGGCCAAUCAGCUUUUUGCACAGGGCCAUCUCAAGGAGGCGCAAAAGCUAUGCGAAGAAAUUAUCAGUGUGACACCUGCAUGCGUUGAGCCUCUCAUUACCUUAGGCAUGAUCUAUCGCGAGCGAAGGGAUUGGGCAAAGGUCAUCUACUACAAACUGGCCGAGCUCCACAAUUGCCGUGACGCCGAUGAAUUUGACUGGCUUGAGUAUGUGAUAUUCAAGUGUUCAGGUCUUGGUGAUGUGUAUCUGCAAGAUGGCAACGUCAAUGAGGCUCUGCGCAUGUACGACCGAGCCGUCAAGCAGGAUCCUGAUAACCCGUUGAUUCAUAAGCGAUUGGCCGACAUCUUUUGGAACAAGAAAAAAUUCUUGAAAUGUGCUCGUAUGCAUCUCAAAUUUCUCGAGCUACAAGAGAAGCCUGAUGUCAAGGACAUUUUUGUUGGUCGGGGCCGACUCAACCCUUUGCUGAAUGACAAACUUGCCGAGGCUCGCACUUUGGUCAAGGAGUACUCUCAGUUGCUGGCCCAGUGGCUGUUAGGCGCGUAUGAGGAGGAUGACAAGCGGAAGUUGGUAAAGCUUCUCGUUGACCUCUUUGACCAUCUCGAGGCCUGGGCUCAGGUCGAGAGCACCAUCGAAACAUAUGCACGCUAUUGUCAAUUCAAACCGCCCUCCACUCAAGCGCAACGAAUUCGGCAUGCACGGCCUGCGGCUGGAAGCCUGUACGUGGCAUGUGGACCCAAAACUACCGCCACGCCUCUACCGGGACUGGGCGAGUCAACCACGACGAAGCUGGUGUUGCCCCCCAUACCUGGCUUUGAGAGUGUGGAGCUGGCAUCUGCAUCCCAGUCAGAUCCAGGCUCUACAAAUUUGGGAUCCGCGGAGGUGGAUGAGUCUUUGAGUGAGGAGAGCUUAUGUCUAGCAACACGGCUGCUUUCAACCGGGGCUCCGUUGAGUAAGGUGGCGGCAGCGACGCGGCCUCACUGGCAGGCAGUGGAGUUGGCCGCCCGACAAUGUCUGAGCGAGGCGCUUCAACAGGGCAACCCAGCAGCAGAGAUUCAGCCCGUAGCAGUUGGCAGCGAUUCUUUGGAAAUGCCCCGCCUGCUACCCUUUUUCCGAGUUCGGCUGGUCAAGGCACGACUGGCCUUGGGACAGGCCAAAGCAACUCUGCGCGCAGCUCCAAAGCAGGACGUGCCAGUGAUCAGGCUUCUGGAGGCACGCUGCCUUUUUCAUUAUGGCUUGCUGACACGAUGCCAACAGAUGCUCUCAGAGCUACUGACGAUCAUACCCAACUGGUCACCGGCAAUGGAUCUCAUGAUCAUGUGCAAGGGUGGUCGAGGCGACUUUUUCAAUCUUUCACAAGAUCUGAGCUCCUCCGAGCAUCCAUUAUCCCCCCAAACCCUGGCCAAGCAGAAAAAACUGCAAGCAACCUUGCUUGAAAUUGGUCAUGUUACCGUGGGUCGCACGCAGGCAACAUUAUCGCCUGCCAAUUUGGUACCACAGCUCGAACGCUUGCAUGCAAUGCAUCAGGCAAAUCGAUUUACUGAGGUGGCAGCUAUUGGACGGGACCUGCUGGCACAUUACGCCAUCCACCACGAUAUGUCAAUCCGCGAUGCUUUUGCGCCUGCCCAAACAAGGCGCAUUCGAGGAACAUUGGUUGGGCACCAAGGCUCGGAAUGGCUCACAUACGAGCAUACGGUUGGUUUGGUCCCCAGCGUCAAGCGACAGCUCGAAAUGUCCAACAACAUUAUCUUUGAUGCCACCGCGCUGACACCCGACGAGUGGUUUCAAUGCGUCGUGCGCACCGUCGAGGCUCACCUGUAUCUCAUGGCUGAGUUGGACAGCAUGCUCUUGGUGCUUCGCACCCUUGGGCAAGCAUCACAAAUUUCGACAGAGCACAAGGCCGUAUACAAAUGCCUCGAGGUGUUUGUCCAGGAAGCUACCGGGGACCAAGCAACCGCAUACGCCGAGUGUCGUACAUUGUUGGGGAUGGUUAAGAAUUGUCAUCGAGGUUGGAACGCCCUCUACCACAACGCCUUUCGUACCGCGAUACACAACGAGCAAGUGGCCUGGGUCCACCGCUUUUUUGGACGGCAGGCUGAGGCGCAGCCUACCUUAGGUGCCCCUUGUGUGGCGCUUGGUAACCACGCCUUAAUGUCGUCGUCCUUACACAUCGCCAUGUCAAACUUUAUUAAAGCACACGUCAAUCUACAUGCGGCUACGCCCAUUGGCCUGUUUGGCUGCAUGGUCGCAGUGACCAGGCGCGUGAUGCAACGCACUUGCUACGAGCGACACAAGGUUUUCGCGGGGGUAAGUUUCAGGUGA